ACCCAUUGAAGUUGGUCUGUAUGCUGUAGUGAGAGACCCAUCAGUAUCAGCAGAGUCAUUCUUCUCAAAAACGGCGGCAAACAUUACCAGUGUUUAUGAGGAAUGACAUUUUGAUGUUACACUAUGUGUAGAAAUUAAUGACAUUAUGGCAUAGUCUGCAAAAUGGUGGUUAAUUUUAACGUAAUUUAUGACAUAAAAUUGAUGUUACAGUGUGUAACUGUUUCACUAGCAUUUUAUAAUGUCAUGGCACAUUCUGCAAGGGGUGGAAAACAUUUGUUCUUCCACUCCUUUAUGGUAAUUAUGUGUGUUGGAAUGUCAUCAAAGUUAAAAGUGGUAGCCAAUAUUACGAUAAUUAAUGGUCCAAAAUGAUGCCAUCAAGUCUGAUACCUUAAUUAACAUUAUCAACAUCAAAGUAUUGGACAUAUCCGGCCCAAUAGCUGAACAGUCAGCACGUUGGAUUGCCACACACAGGGGCCCGGGUUUGGUGACCGGCUGGGGAGGGAGAUUUUCUCCCCCCAGAGACUGGGUGUUGUGCUGUCCUCAUCAUCAUUUCAUGCCCACUGUCGAUGUGCUAGUCGCCCAAUGUGGCAUUGCACUCAAUAAGACUUGCAGUUGGCAGUCAAACUUCUCGACUGGGAACUCCCGGCCACUGAUGCCAUACGCUCAUUUCCAUUUCCAGUGUUGGAUAUAUUUUGAAUGCACCCAGUAGAUGGAAAUGGCUGAAUCUACCCCAUGCCUGUGGAUACCAGCCAUCUCCAUCUGCUGAAGCUGAUUCCCAAUCACCUCCUCAGUCCCGAUAUAAUUUAUUCAUCAAAUUUAACCAAAUGUAAUGACUGAAAAGGAAAUCAAAAUAAUUACAUAUUUUAACUGAUUAUAAAAGAAAUAAAAUAAAAUAAAAAUAAAAUCUCAAGCAUGAGAAAAAAUUUAGAUUUGUGAGUAAAGGGAUAAAAUUUUUUUAAAAAUUCUAAAAAUAUUCUUACUUUUUAAAAAUGUAAUAAAACCUUUUCUUAUAAAUUAAACCACAGAAUAUGACUAACAUAUGAUAAGAAUUUAAGUUUGACUAAAAUAUUUUUAAUGAGGGAAAAAUAUUUUUAACAAACCAAGAGAGAAAAAAGUCAAAACUAAUAUUUACAAAACCAUUUUUAAACCAUCUUUAAUUAUAGAAUAUUUUAAAAGCAAGGAA